CCGUAGAAAAGGCCCAUCCACAACAUGUCCUUCCGAAAGCGCAAUAUUGGUGUCCAGAGAGCCCCCGCCACAUCGCCUUCAGGAGAUGCCCCAGCAGAAACAAACAGCGCUCCUGCGCCGACAGCUUCAGGCAUACGGCCAUCACCCUUGACCGGACAAUCUACGACGUCAACAGGAGCUUACUCGCUCGACAGCUUGCUAGGCGGUCAUGCGGGAUUGGCGCUUGGAUCAUCGCUAUUGAUUGAAGAGAGUGGAACUACGGACUUUGCGGGUGCUCUGUUGCGAUAUUAUGCUGCCGAGGGAAUCAUCCAGAGCCACACUGUGCAUCUCGUUGGUGCCGGUGAGCAAUGGAUCAAGGAUCUACCAGGUCUGGUUGGAGACGCCGAGGCAGCAGAGGCUCAAAAACAAGCAAAGAGCGAUGAGAAGAAGAUGAAGAUUGCGUGGAGAUAUGAGAGGCUAGGCCAGUAUUCUGACUGCUUCGCAGUCGUUCCCCAACGUGGCCCCGCCCCUGUUCAGAAUGUCGACCAGCAAGAGGAACAACAAUCGUUGGCUUUCUGCCACACAUUUGACCUCGCGAAGCGUCUUGUUGUGCCUGCCGAAGCAGACAUCAACCACAUCGCCAUCUCCCCUCAAUCGCCACUGCCUGCCAUUCUGCAGAAUCUUGCCCAGCGAUUGAGCACUUCUCCACCUCACACGAUACACCGACUAGUGAUGCCUUCCCUCCUUUCUCCUGCUCUCUACCCCCCUUCAGCCGGUGCACCAGAACAAUUGCUCCAGUUCAUGCACUCACUGCGCUCGUUGCUUAGACAAUACCCCAGCCGUCUCACUGCCAUGAUCACACUUCCGCUAGAGCUAUAUCACCGUUCUAGUGCUCUCGUCCGCUGGGCCGAAACUCUUUCAGACGGCGUGCUCGAACUGACUCCUUUCCCUCAUCUGAUGGACGCUGCAAACAGCUUGGCCGAGAGUGGUGGUGCAAGAGCAACAGACGAACAGCCACAGGGAAUGCUAAAGCUGCACAAGCUACCUGUCACAACUGAACGUGGUGGUGGUGGAGCAGCUGCUGGUGUUGGUGACGAUCUGGCCUUUACUGUGAGCAGACGAAGGUUCGUCAUCAAGCCCUUCAGUCUGCCGCCAGCAGAAGGAGAUACCGAGGCACAGCAGGGCAAUGCUGAAGGAGGAGCACUAGGCAAGGCCACCAAGGUCGACAUAGAGUUUUAA